CAAUAAUUCAGCAUCUUUUGGGGUUGGACCUGAUUAAUGUGCGUCUCAAACCUCUUUCAACUGGCCUUGUGGUGCUGCCAAUCAAUUGCAGCCAAAGUUAUGUCACUUUGAACUCUUAAAGAAUUGCUGAAUCAUACUUCUUAGGUAAACAACCAGUGCGUAUAAAGCCACAACGGUGAGAGCAGCUAUGAAGUGUUUUGCCCCGUGCGAUGGGGAAUUCGGUUCGCAAGGGGAAAACAGUCUUUGUGGAUAAAACGCAGAUCCAGAGUAUGGAGAACACAAAAGCGUGUGGUGAGCUACAAAAGAAAAACCAACAACAAGGCAAUCUCAAAAAUAUCAAUAUAGACCCAGUCCAGACUAAUGAGAACGGGACUCUUGCUAAAUCAGAGAUGGAGGAGUUCAAGUCAAAAAUUCAGGCCUAUAUUGAUAACAAUCUGGUCAUGAUUUUCAGCAAAACUACCUGCAGUUAUUGUGCUCAGAUCAAAGAAUUUUUCAAGUCCUUACAUGUUCCCUUUCAGUCCUUGGACUUGGACCAAACAGUUGAAGGCAAAGCCAUCCAGGAAGCUCUGUUUGAACUGACUAAACAGAGAACUGUGCCAAAUGUCUUUGUGAGGAAGCAGCAUAUUGGAGGUUGUGAUAAAACAUUGCAGGCCCAUAAAGAAGGAAAGCUCCAGUCAUUACUAGAGAUGACUGAAGCUAAUCAGGUAGAUGGAUCCUAUGACUAUGAUCUCAUUGUCAUUGGAGGAGGCUCUGGUGGACUUGCAGCUUCAAAGGAAGCUGCCAAAUAUGGAAAGAAAGUGUUGGUCCUGGAUUAUGUUGUGUCCACACCUCUGGGCACUACAUGGGGUAUCGGAGGAACGUGCGUCAACGUAGGCUGUAUCCCUAAGAAACUGAUGCACCAAGCCGCACUUCUGCACCAAGGCCUGGAGGAUGCCAGGAAAUACGGCUGGGAGUUUGCUGAGCAAGUCAACCAUAACUGGACAACUAUGAAAGAAGCUAUUCAGAAUUACAUUGGCUCCUUGAAUUGGGGGUAUCGAGUCAAUUUAAGGGAAAAUAACGUUACCUAUGUGAAUUCUUAUGCAGAAUUUGUCGGGCCUCACAAGAUCAAGGCAACUAAUAAAAAAGGAAAAGAAACAUUUUAUACCACAAAGACGGUUAUUGUUGCCACUGGAGAAAGGCCUCGGUAUCUAGGUAUUCCAGGCGAUAAGGAAUACUGUAUCACCAGUGAUGAUCUCUUCUCACUCUCCUACUGCCCUGGAAAGACCCUUGUGGUUGGAGCAUCCUAUGUUGCCCUGGAGUGUGCAGGCUUUCUAGCAGGCCUCGGGCUGGAUGUCACUGUCAUGGUUCGCUCUAUUCUGCUGCGUGGCUUUGACCAGCAAAUGGCAGAUCUGAUUGGGGAAUACAUGGAAUCCCACGGGGUCAAAUUCAUUAGGCAAUUUGUCCCAACUAAAAUAGAGCAGAUUGAACCAGGAACUCCAGGGAAACUAAAAGUUACUGCUCAGGCUGUCAGUGGCACAGAGACAUUAGAGGGGGAAUACAGUACAGUAUUGCUGGCAAUAGGAAGAGACGCCUGUACAAAAAAUAUUGGCUUGGACAAAGUAGGAGUGACGGUCAAUGAAAAGACCGGUAAAGUUCCAGUCAAUGAAUUUGAACAAACAAAUGUGCCUGACAUUUAUGCUAUUGGAGAUAUUUUGGAUGGCAAACUACAGCUCACACCAGUUGCAAUCCAGGCUGGGCAACUCCUAGCCAGGAGGCUGUAUAAUGCAGCCACCUUAAAGUGUGACUACAAGAAUGUACCCACCACUGUCUUCACUCCCUUGGAAUAUGGUGCAUGUGGCUAUUCAGAGGAGGACGCCAUUCAAACACAUGGAAAGGAUAAUCUAGAAAUCUAUCACAGUAACUUUUGGCCACUGGAGUGGACUGUUCCAGGAAGAGAUAAUAACAAGUGCUACUGCAAGAUUAUCUGUGACUUAAAAGACCAGAAUAAAGUGAUAGGCUUCCAUGUAUUAGGUCCUAAUGCAGGAGAAAUCACCCAGGGAUUUGCAGCCGCAAUUAAAUGCGGAAUGACCAAGGAAGUGUUGGACAAUACGAUAGGAAUACAUCCAGUCUGUGCGGAGGUGUUCACCACCCUGUCAGUCAGCAAACGAUCUGGUGGAAACAUCCAGCAGUCUGGCUGCUGAGGUUAAACCCUGCUGUUGUUACUGUUGCCGCUGUGGAUUCACUUGCAUCUCGCUGAACUAUUCCCUUCCGACUUCCGUCUUGCACACCUAUAAGACGACCCAAUAAAUGGGCCUGGUGUUCUGAGCCAUCGUGGCGUUGAAAGGGAUUUGGGAGUAGUAAUGUGAGGCUUUGUGUUACCAUUGGCAACCUGUACAACGGUGGGGUCACUUUUUAUCCUCCAAGGUGAGCUGCUGCUUUGUGGGGCAUCUUCUCGAUGCUUUAAUGAAAUCCCAGCCUGGAACCAGUUUUAAGUGGAGGGCUGCGAUUGAUGACUGUAAAGCACUGUCUCCAAAUACUCAGACCGUGGGCUUCCUCUUGUGUUCGACAAAUCAAAUGGUAAAUCAAGAAUGAGGGGGAAAACUAUAUUCUUUCUAUUGGAUUUUAAAUUCUUUGAACUUUGUGGAAGCUGAAUGUUUUUACUCUUGAAAUAUUUUCAAAUUCCAUUUAUUUACUUCUGUUUAAGUUUAUAACAUUGGACUUUUAAGAGUGGCAGUCAGUAUUGAAGCUGACUGUACAGAUUUAGUCAGAUCUCCUUAACUUUCUAUUAAAUAUUAUUUUCGAUCUGAAUGGACAUUAUUGAUAUUUUUGUAUCUCUGAAGCUACUUAAUUCAUAGCAGCAGAAUUAUAAACUAUACAUUGGCUGCUGCUGUUUGAAUUCUACACUGAAGAAUUGAGAGGCCUUUUCUGAUGGGUCUUUAUUCUAGAAUAUGUUUUCAAACAGAGAUCUUUGCAUUCCAGUGCAGAAUCUAGACUUCUGCAGGAUCAAAAUCAUGACGAUUAAACAGCAAUUUAAAGAGAAUUAGUCUGAAUUUGGUUUCAUUGCAAACUGUCUUUUUAUAGAGAUAGAUAUGAAUCUGUCUCAGCAAAAUGCUAUUGAGAAUCAUUGUGCUUUGAACUCAUGCACUUAGGCAAUUAUAAGAACUCCUCAAACUUCAUAUCACAAUGCAAUCACCUUUUCCCUGAAGUCAUUGGAGGACAUCAUAGGUUUGAGAACUGUAGAGCCAUGACACUCGAUAUUGUACAUGUGAAAAUAUCAUUUGACAUUCGGUGUAUUUAUUAGUUAUUUAAAGUGCAGAUCAACUAUGAUCAUAGAAUAAGCUGCAUGUUACUCUUAAGUUCCUGUUUUGUGUGUCCUAGUUCAGCUUGGUUGAUGGCACAAGGGCAAUAGUCGUGUAUCUGUUGACAUAGAAUUCAAUAUUGUUAUAUUAAACAAUAUAGAAUUAA